UUGGAUAAGGUGCGCUUUUUCACCAAGCUAUUUCUUUCAGCUGAUAUUAUAGGAUAUUUCUUUCAUGAAGAGACAGUGGCUAACAGUCAUUUUGUUGAUAGGUGUCAUAUACCGGAACCAGCCCAACUUACGGACGAACAGCUCGCUAAACUGACUGAAAAGAAAAAGGAGAAAAAGCAAAGGCAAAAAGAAAAGAUCAAAAUUAAAAAGGAGGCGGAAAAGAAAGAGGCAGAAGAACUGGCUGCUCGUGCGGCAUUCUUGGCGAUGUCAGAUCGUGAAAAGCGUGCAGCUGCUGCUGAGGCGAGACUAGCACGACUUGAGGGUGGACCCAGGUGUAUACAGUGCGGAGUGGUGUACACGGGAUCCGGUUUCGAGUACAUGGAGUUGAAGUUUUGCAGUCCGUCAUGUGUUGCUUCCCAUCGUCGAGGACUGGUACAAACUUAG